AGAGAGCGCAAGGGGCAUUUUGUGGCAGUACGGAGAUCUCUGAUACGAUGCAUCAAAUAUCUUAGUGCCCCAGAAUGAGGAGUCAUCUGUUUCAGAGACAUGGAUAAAUAUGAAAAGGUGAGGAAGAUUGGGGAGGGCUCCUUCGGGAAGGCAAUUCUCGUCAAAUCCAGGGAGGAUGCAAAACAGUAUGUCAUCAAAGAGAUUGGCAUCUCCCGGAUGUCUAGUAAAGAGAGACAGGAGUCCCGUAAAGAGGUGGCUGUUCUGGCCAAUAUGAGCCAUCCCAACAUCGUCCAGUACAAAGAGUCCUUUGAAGAGUGUGGAUGUCUGUACAUCGUAAUGGAUUACUGUGAGGGAGGAGACCUAUUCAAGACGAUCAACUCUCAGAAAGGAGUGCAGUUCCCUGAGGAGCAGAUCCUGGAUUGGUUGGUGCAGAUAUGCCUCGCCUUGAAGCAUGUACAUGACCGUAAGAUCCUCCACAGAGACAUCAAAUCACAGAACAUAUUUCUGACCAAAGAUGGAACCAUACAGCUAGGAGACUUUGGGAUUGCCAGGGUGCUGAAUAGUAACUCCACAAUCCUCUUUCUCAGUACUGUGGAGCUAGCCAGGACAUGUAUCGGGACGCCAUACUACCUGUCACCUGAGAUUUGUGAAAACAAACCGUACAACAACAAAAGUGAUGUUUGGGCCCUGGGGUGUGUCCUGUAUGAAAUGUGCACGCUAAAGCAUGCAUUUGAGGCAGGUAACAUGAAGAACCUGGUUCUGAAGAUCAUCCGGGGCUCGUACCCCCCUGUGUCGACCCACUACUCCCAGGACCUACGCUCUCUCAUGGGCCAGCUGUUCAGACGCAACCCCCGGGAGAGACCCUCUGUCAGCUCUAUCCUCGACAAACCCUUCCUCUCCCACAGAAUCUUCAGGUUCCUCACCCCAGAGAUUAUCGCUCAGGAAUUCAGCCAUAGCUUCCUCCACAAGCAGCCUAAAGCAGGUGUGGUGCAGGCGGCAUCAGCCAAGCGUCGCGCCCCUGCUCCCAUGCCCCUAACCCCAGCCCAGAAGAUCACCAAACCAGCCGCCAAAUAUGGAGUGCCUUUAAAUGUCAGGAAAGCCUCAGAUGCAGCCAUGAAACCUGCCGAGCGGAAACCAGCCGUCAAACACAAGAUGGCCCCCGUCCCCCUCCCAGCAGCACCCCAGAGGAGAGUGAGUCGAGUGGAGGAAGAGAGGAGGAAAUAUGAGGAGGGUGCCAGGAAGAAAAGGAUGGAGCUGAUCGAGAAAGAGAGGAAACAGAGGGAGCAGAUGUUUCUGUUGAAUGCUGGACAGAUGAAGAGAUAUGAGAGGGAAAAGAUAAACCGGAUCAACCGAGCUCGAGAGCAGGGCUGGAGGCACGUACUGAGCUCUAGUGGAGGCAGCAGUCCAGAGAGGAAGUGUUUUUUAGGAGGUGGUGGUAUGAUGGCUGGGUUUGCAGCUCCUGUCCCAGAGCCCCUGCUUCCUGCUCCAUGUCCUGCCCAGGGCCCCACCCCAGGCCCUGCCCCGCUCUCCCCUAGCAGGGGCCCGUAUGAACACUACCAUGCUGCUCUGGACCAGCUGGCCAAACCUCAGCCCAAAGAGGGUGCCAGAGAGGUAUUCACAGCAGGAGGAGACACUCCUGUUAGGGGUGUGCCAGCUGCUGCCAGCUCAGUGCUGCCCAAUGGCCCUGCUCGUCUCCCAGACCCUGAUGCGGUGAAGAGAGAGCUACGGAGGCUAGAGCAUGUCACCAAACAAACCCAUGUUAGCAGGCAACGGGGUCACGCAGCAGCUGAACGGGCCAAUCAGGUUCAGGAGUUUCUGCAGCGUAAGAGAGAUGCCAUGCUGAACAAGGUCCGCGCUGAGGGACAGCUGGAGUACCUGUCCCGGCUGAGGCAGAUCAGGCUACAGAACUUCAAUGAGAGACAGCAGAUCAAAGCACGCCUCAGAGGAGUGAAGUACGACAGUGAUGGCUCAGACAGCAAGGAGUCCUGUGAGGAGACAGAGCUGAGGAGAAAGAAGAUUGAAGCCCUGAAGGCCCAAGCGCAGGCCCGUGCUGCUGUGUUGAAGGAGCAGCUAGAGAAAAAGAGGAGAGAGGCCUAUGAGAGAGAAAAGAGAGCCUGGGAGGAUCACCUUGCAGCUCGAGGCGUGAAGGUUGGCAUGGUAGCAGGAGGUGUAGCAGUAGAGCUAGCUCCUCCCCCUCAGCCUGGCCCCUCCCUCCCUGUACAGGACAUUGUAGCUAGAGCCCAGCCUGCAUCCAAACCCUCCACCACUGUCAUCUCCAUGACUUCUGCUCUGAAGGACGUUGGAGCACAGCUUGCGUCUGUGCAGAGCUCUUUUAAAGAUGGCUUACCUAAAACGGACGUCAUUAAGAGUGAGAAGAAGGAGAUUCUCCGAAGACUGAAUCAGAACUUGAAGGCCCAGAGCCCUGAGGAGGAGGUGUCAGCCACACCCCCAGAAGGACUAUGCCCCACCCCCCAGCAGAGCCAGCCUAUCACAGAGGAGAGACCGUCCUCUGGUGGGGACAGGAAGAAGUGGGAGGCUGUAGCUCCGUCUAUUCUCUCUGUAGCUCAGCAGACUCUAGAAGAAACCUGUAUCAGAACGACUGGCUCUCAGGCUCUGUCUCCAGAGGAGAGACCGUCCUCUGGUGGGGACAGGAAGAAAUGGGAGGCUGGAUCUCCGUCUAUUCUCUCUGUAGCUCAGCAAACCCUAGAGGAUACCUGUAUCAGGACCGCUGAACAGACAGUGGGUGAGGUCAUUCGGAUGGAUGUGCUACAGGACGACGCCCCUAGAAAAGCAUGGGGGCGGAGCCCGGAUUCUCAGGUGCUGAGAGUUCUACAGGAGGCGGAGCUUCAGCCUCUUACCCAGCUGCUGGGGAAUGUCAACAUCUGUGAAGAGAAACACACUGACAACGUGAAUCAGACGGCUAAGAUGGUUGGUGUGAGUGGAACUAAGGAAGUGAUGCAUUCAGAGGCAAGCCCACCUGCUGUGAUGUCUGUCGUUAAGAACACAGAGGUCGAAGUUCAGGAAGAGGGGACGAUCUCAGUAGACGUGACGGGUCAGGAGAAGAGGCAGGCUAUAUUAGAAGAGAUGCUAAAGACCCCACCCAAACCGAUAGAGAUGGAGGAUCCAGCAGACUUGGAGUCAGUGGUCCUGGAGGAGGGCCCAAAGCAGGCCUCAAAUUCCCCAGCUGGAGUAGUGCAGGCCUGGGAGAAACGAGCCCUGCCGCUGGGGCCACCAGAGGGCAGAGUAACACCAGCAGAAACCAAAGAUGUUGGGGAGAAAGCAGAGAAGCAACCUGAAUCCUCCGGUAUAGCACCUGUGUAUGAGGAACCUCUGUUUGUGAAGCUGUGCUCCUCGCCGGCCCACCGCCGUACUGCAGCUCUGGUUCUUAUGUCAGCCCAGUCGUCCAUGGAGGACUCGUCCUCUUCUCUGGCCUCACGCUCACGCUCCAUCUCUCCUCUCCGCUCCAAACACCACAACGCCCUCCUCAUCGGCCUCUCCACCGGCCAGUUUGAUGCCAACAACCCAAAGAUGCUGCGUACCUGCUCUCUACCAGACCUCAGCAGACUGUUCAGCUCUCUACAAGACGCAGGAGGGGCCAACGGGGCGGUUGCCCCUGACAACGACAACAAUCUGGAUAUAGAGGACAUGGAGGAAGAGGAUGAAGAAGAGGCCAAAGAGGAUGAACAAUCAGAGACUGAAGAUGUGUAUGAGGAUGAUGACUUGAGGGAGCUAAGGGCCUCCAUGGAGAGACUCCUGCAGGAGGAGCGCAGCGAGGAAGAUGAGGGGGGAUCUGGCUCUAACUCUGGUAGUCCUCCAGAGGAAGAGGGAGGCGAUGGCUUUAACGGCAACCCUGCUGAGGAUGAAGAUGAUGAGGAGGAGCUGAACGGGAUGGCUGUGGAUGAGGAGGAGGGUUCUAAUGGGAGUCCAGGUGAUGAAGAGGCAGGACACACACUCACCAACGGACUGGAAGAAGAGGAGCACCACAGCAGUGAGAGCCAGCUCAAUGAAGAAUGGCAAUCGGAUGACAGUGGUGAGGAGGAGGACGGUGCGGCUGAACAGCAGGACAGCAUAUUCAGCCGUCUGGAGGAGCUGCGGUUUAACCUGGAGCAGGAGAUUGGCUUUGAGAACUUUAUAGAGGCCUACAACAAGAUCAAGGCAAUUCAUGAAGAUGAGGAUGAGAACAUCGACAUGGGCCCCGACAUGGUACUGAACAUCCUGGGGACUGAGCACCAGCACCUGUACCCCAACAUCCUUCACCUGGUCAUGGCUGAUGGAGCCUACCAAGAGGAUAAUGAUGAAUAGGGGAUAUGCGUCCAAGCCGCUGGCAGCUUCUGACAAUCUGCUAGCCAUCUGAUGUCUUCCCAAGGUGCACUGCAUGUGGUAGACGACUCUCUGCGUGGAGGGUUGGGGCCAUAGAUGGAUCUGGGAGGGGUUGAAGCCAGGCUCUGGCACAGUUGCAUGAUUGAAUAGGCUAUCUAGUACACUGAUGUCUGUAUUUCCUACUUCCACUUCAAACACCUGACUCACUCUUUUUUUAACUUCAUGUUCAUAUGAAAGUGCAUUAUCAAGUAAUACUUUCUGGUAACCAAAGUUAAAUGGAAGGUUUCGUCAAACAUAAAUCUGUCUGUAUCUGUUGGAAUAUAUUCAUGGACCAGCACCAUAUUAAAUGGUCAAUUUAAAGGUCAAACAGGUGAUUGUACAUUUGAUAUUCCCUAAUGCUGGGGUUAGGACCACCCGGUCACCAUCCUCACAAUACAAACCAGGUCAACUUCUAUAAACAUGCAAAACAUAUUUUCCAUAAAAACCUGUUGGACCUCCUUUUUUUAAAUUACUUUUUCAUACAGCUAAAUGUUAUCUAAUGCAUUUUCACAUUUCUUACCUGUUCCGUUAACCCAAAAAUAUGUGUUCAGCUCAAAAGGAAGAUGACUUUUUGUUUAAGGAUGUUGUAUGUUGGCGUGGUAGCAGCUGCAAGGGACUGCUACUUGUUGGCUUUAUGUCAAGUCAGAUUGUUACUCUGUUAAGAGAAUUGUAAAGAUAUAAAUUACUGGUAAUGAUAUCGAUUUUAAAGCGUUAUUCUUAUUUGAUAAUAAAGGAAAUAUUGUAAAUAAAUGCUUUUUUCUAA